AUGGCGCCGCAGCUGUCGGGCGUGUCGACGAGCCCGCUGCCCACCUUCACGCCGGCCCUGAAGCCGCCGCCGGGCGUCGUGUCGAACCCCGAGCACCCGGCGUCGCUGGCGUACCUCGCCGACAUCACCAUCGCGAUAUGCAUCCCGCUCGUCACCGUCUUCUUCCUCCUGCGCAGCUACGUCCGCAUCUUCAUCAAGCGCGUCUGGCUGUUCGAGGACGCCCUCGUCACCACCGCCUGGGCCGGCACCGUGGCCUACUGCGGCAUCAUGCGAGCCACCAUGUCGAACCACGGCGGCCAGCACGGCUGGGACAUCACCAUCGACGACGCCCACCAGGCCGCCUACUGGUUCAACGUGGCCGCCAUCGAGUACGGCGUCAUGAUUGGCGUCACCAAGCUGGCCGUGCUGUGGCUGUACCGCCGCGUCUUCUCGCCCAUCCGCUGGAGCAAGUUUGACCUGACCAUUGUCACCCUCAUCGUCAUCAUCUUCGGCUUCUACGGCAGCACGUCGCUCGUCAAGAUUUUCGAGUGCAACCCGCGCGCCAAGAUCUGGAACCCCUCGGUGCCCGGCAAGUGCGUCGACAUUCACAUCAUACUCAACGUGAGCGGCGCCUUCAACACCGUCACCGACUACCUGAUCCUGCUGCUGCCCGUCCACGCCGUGCGCAAGCUCCAGAUGGACCGGCUCAAGAGGGUCCUCGUCGUGCUCGCCUUUACGUUCGGCCUGUGCGCCCCCAUCUUUGCCACCAUCGGCUUCGUCGUGCGCCUCCGAAACAGCGGCAACCCGGACUCGUCGUGGAAGCAGCCCGAGAUCCUGCUCUGGGGCGCCGCCGAGCUCGCCUCGGGCAACCUGUGCGUCUGCUUCCCCGAGCUCGCCGUCCUCUUCCGCAAGAAGAACCGCACGCGCAGCGGGCCUCGCCGCCCGACGGGCUCGGAGCUCAAGGAGUCCCAGGAGCUGAAGAACGGGAGGAAGCCGCCCUCGGACCCCUACUUCACCAAGAGCCUCAUGAGCACCAUGUUUAGCACCACCGACGGGGACGCACAGUACGUCGAGCUGCAAGACCAACCCAGCUGCAAAGCGACCCCUGCCAGGCCGUACCGUUGA